GUAUAGGAGCAGCAGGAGCAGCAAUAAGAGCAGCAGCAACAGCAGCAGCAGCAGCAGCAGCAGCAGCAGCAGCAUGUCUUUCACCCAGGCCCCCUACCACAAUCCGCUUGUUCCAUUUUCUGGACCUAUCCACGGUGGACUUAAGGAUGGACAUGAGAUCACUGUCAAUGGGUCGGUCCUUCUUACCGGUGGGAAUAGAUUUUCUGUGAAUUUUCAAUGUGGAUUCACUGGAAACAACAUCGCAUUUCAUUUCAACCCUCGGUUUGAAAAUGGUGGCUUUGUAGUGUGCAAUACAAAGCAAUUUGGUUCCUGGGGGCCUGAAGAGAGGAAGAUGCAGAUGCCUUUUCAGAAGGGAACACCUUUUGAAAUUCGUUUUCAGGUCCAGAAUGAAGCCUUCAAUGUGUUGGUGAAUGGGAAUCAUUUUGUUCAGUACCUGCACCGGAUCCCUUUCCAACAAGUGGACACCAUCUCGAUCGAGGGCAUAGUGCAGGUGUCCUACAUCAACUUCCAGAACAGCAGAUGUGCUCCCAUUCAACCUUCCUGCUUUGUCGUGCAGCACACAUUGACAGCACAACCUCCCUGUAAGCCAAAAGGGGGCAAAAUCAAACCUCCAAACUAUGCCUGGCCACCUGCUCCCUCUACUGUCAUCACUCAAACUGUUUACCCUGCCAUCAAUUCUGUUCCACCGGUACCCAGUGCACCUGCUUUACCAAACACUAUGUACACCAGUCCGUUGUAUCCCUUACCUUUCUCUACAUUGAUCCCUGGAGGACUCUACCCAUCCAGGAACAUCAUCGUCUCUGGCAGCAUCCUGCUUACCGCUGACAUGUUCACAAUCAACCUGAGAUGUGGGAAUGACAUUGCCUUCCAUCUGAACCCACGAUUUAAGGAGAAAGCUGUGGUCCGGAACACAAAGAUUAACUACUCAUGGGGUUCUGAGGAGCGUAGUCUGCCCGGUUUUAUGCCCUUCAUCCAAGGUCAAGGCUUCACGAUACUCAUCAGGUGUGAAAUGCACUGCCUCAAGGUGUCCAUCAACGGGCAGCACCAGUUUGACUACAAUCACAGAAUGAAAAAUUUAGGCUCUAUCAACCAGUUGGAGGUGUCCGGGGACAUCCAGCUGACCCAUGUACAGGUCUAAGAAAGGACCUUCCACCCAAGUGUCCUAGCUGAAGAUGUCUGAAGACAGCCAGCUGAUAAUGAAGGCCUUCUCACUCAGGUGUUCCAGCCUGAAUCUUUCUUCUCUCUCCCCCAUCAUCACUAGCUGAUUAGACUCUAAGCACCAAGCUUUCCCUCCACCCCUCCAAUCAGGGGGGAAUUGGAGUAAAUUGCUCUCCUCUCUGGGAGAAAGUAGAGAAGGGACAUAUUUUUGUUUCCCCUGGGGUUCCUUGCCAGUAGGAUGGAUAACUUCCUGAGGAAGCAUUGUUUACUUCUCAACUAUGAUGGAACCGAGGGCACCUUCAACCUGGUUGAUGUAGCCUCAGGUGUGAUGUUUUGAUAUUUUGAUGUAGAACAGGGAGUUCGGAUAUCACCACUCCUCUCAUUCCAGAAUGAAGCCUGUAUCUCAGCAUAGAUUUGAGGUUCCCCUCUUCCUCCUGUCUCCAUCUGGAGCCAAUUACUUCUCUCCCCCUACCCCGUUCCUCUGCAAUGGCCCGAUUAACAUCCCCUUUGCCCUCCUUGGUACCUCUAAGAACUUGGACAUCCUCAGUGCUUUGUUACAUGCCCAGAGAUUUCCCCAUUCCUUGUGAAGCCCUCUUCCUGAGGGAAUACUCUCUGAGAAGCAGGAGCCUGCUGUAGCCUCCUGCCCUCUCCACCUGGGUGACUCAAGCCACCGUAGCCCAAUCUCUGUGUCUACAUUUUUUGAAUAAUGUGAAUUUGCUUAUUUUUUUUUUAAUACAGCCCAACUCCUGCUGUUGGAAUCUGCUUCCCAAAAGCAGGGGUCAUGUCUCACCUAUAUUUUGUAUCUCUCCGCUUCCUAACCCAGUCAUACCCACACAGAAGGCACUUAAUAAAAGUUUGCUAUGUGGUAUUGAGCUCAGAA